AUGGACAAACUGAAUCAGACAAAUGAUGACCUCAGAGACCAUCUGAGCACAACAAGAAAGGAGCUAGAGCAGAGAGAGAGGUACAUUGACACCCUCAACCAGCAGCUAGUCAUUAUGUCCUCUGCAUCUAGAGAACAUGUCCACCAGCCUGGUACAACACAAGCAGAACCUGAGACCAGCAUGGCCUCCACUACACAGCCUGAUGACACUGCACCCGCCUACCAGUCUGCUCCAGCCCAGAUCAGCCAACCAGCGUCCCAGUCUGCUCUAGACCAGGUCAGCCUACCUGGUUCCCAGUCUGCUCCAGCACAGUGUGCUCCAGCCCAGGUCAACCUACCAGCCUCCCAGUCUGCUCCAGCCCAGGUCAAGACAACCGCCACCCAGUUUUCCCUAGGUCAGCCAACCAGCCACCCAGUCUUCUCCAGCCCAGGUCAGCCAACCAGCCUCCCAGUCUUCUCCAGCCCAGGUCAGCCAACCAGCCUCCCAGUCUGCUCCAGCCCAGGUCAGCCAACCAGCCUUCUCCAGCCCAGGUCAGCCAACCAGCCUCCCAGUCCGCUCCAGCCCAGGUCAGCCAACCAGCCUCCCAGUCUGCUCCAGCCCAGGUCAGCCAACGAGCCUCCCAGUCUGCUCCACCCAGACAGUCACCCACAACUGCAAUCCUUAUUGAUUCAAAUGGGAAGUUCUUAGUCCAGGAAAGAUUAUUCCCUAGACACCAGGUGUAUAAGUUCUGGUGUCCUACAACUGACAGUGCACUGCAGCUACUCAGUCAGACCAGGAUUGACACCCCCGACAACAUCAUCAUCCACACUGGCACAAACGACCUUCAUGCCAAAGGUGAAAAUGUAUCUGGGGCAGUGAGAGGAGAAGCAGAACAGGAACAGGCCAUGUUCCCAACAACCAAUAUAGUUGUGUCCACCCUCCUACCAAGAAAAUACUUCCCAGGACAGUUGAUCGACAAAAUAAAUCAACAGAUCACUGUGGACUGUGCCUCACUGCUCAACGUCAGAAUGGCUCACCAUCCCACUCUGACAUGUGAACACUUAUACAAUAAUGUACAUCUUGAUCAGGACAGUGUCAGAACUUUUGCUAAGGACCUAAAGGAUGCAACACUUGGCAGGGACCCACACACCCAUCACCCCAGCAGCAGAGCCCCCCUGCCCCACCUUCUGAAACAACAGUACCCCCACCAUCCCCAGGAGAGAAGAGCCAGACACGGCUUAUUACAGCAUAGCUCUACAAGACCGGGCCCAACACAGCACAGAUUUACCAGACCAGACCCGCCUCAGGACAGCACGACCAGACCCGCCUCAGGACAGCACGACCAGACCCGUCCCAUCACAACACAGCUCUACCAGACCCGGCCCAUCACAACACAGCUCUACUAG